AUGCGUGACCUCAGGAAUCGGCUUCGUGCCGCGGUGGUGUUUUGUGCCGCAGGACCGGUGGCGUCGUUCUUGCCGUUGUUUUCACCUGCGAGGGCGAGGGCAGGACUUGUUGGAGCUCCCUGCUCACGAGGCGUGGAGCCUCGACGGAGCCCCUCCCGAGCACCCGUAGGCUCCACGCAACUCGAAGCUACUGCCGAAAGGCCUGAAGGACAUGCACUGCAAGAGGGCCAAGAGGAAAAAGCCUCCUCUUCGGCCAGUGUCGACACACCACCAGCAGCUGCCCCGGCUAGUCCGGUAGUCGACAGAAGUAGUGCGGAGGGCGGGGAAGAGAAGGCCGGGCUAGCGCAGAACGUGGCGGCGGUAGCGAAAGAGACGGACGCAACGGCUAGCGUGGGGCAGAGUGCAGAGGAGGAGGAGGUAAUGGCGGAGCUGUUGGCGCACCAGCCGGGGGGCCAGGACGAGGCGCAGGAGGUGGACGCCGCACUUAAACCUUCGAAGCGCGUGACGAAGCGGCUAAAGAAGUACUUCCCCAAGGACUUCCAAGACACGACAUGGACGGUGGCAAUACAGUGGAACCACUCCAAGUACGAGGUCAAGACUACCAAGGUCGCUCUCAAGGCUGACGGCGAAGUGGUCUGGCUCGAUAAAGGGAAGGGGUCCUGGAUCCUCCGCACAAAGAGCCGCGACAUCUCCAUCUACCGCAACUUCUUCCUCAACUGGGCCGGCAUGCGGAUUUUCUCGGCCAAGUUAUUGAACAACACCUGCGACAUGUACCUGUCGGGUGUCAUCAAGGGCUGGCAGCCGUUCCUGCCGCUUUCGAAGAUGGGAACGUGGCAGGCUGUCCGGAGAGGGAUCACGCUGGACGAGAACACGCCGCGGCCACCCUGGGAGUCGAGGGAGGUUGUCAAGGAGGUCACCAUGCCGGAUGGGCGCAAAAGAAAGAACACACCAAUUGAAAUAGACGUAGAUUUAGACUAGAGAUGCGGUUUUCUAUCGGAAUGGACGGAGAGCCACACAAGGCGGUGAUGUCUGUUGGACGUAAAUGAGUUUCCUCCGUUCAAGCGCGCCCAACGCGAUGCUUGUGGGCGGUGUCACAGAAUGAGUCUGCGAUGCAGCAUCCAUGCUUGGCGGCGAUUUGUCAUCUGCUGCAAGGUCUUAUUUGUAGUAUUCGGCGGUAAAUGUUGACAGGGCUACACCCGACAGGGCGUUGGUUUGUUUGGAAGCUGCUACUGUAGUGUUCGAGUGGAACACCCAUAUUUUCCCGCCAGAGUAGAGCCCGGUAGGCUUGUACGUGUCGUUGAUCCAAGGCGUAGAUAACAUUGUAUUAGGUUCAUCAGGCACUGGCUGCUCCUGUGUUGUUUCCACCCACACCCAUCUAUUAUGCUGCUUGAGAGUCUUGACUUGCUUCAGCGGAAAAUCUUGAUUCUGACUACCGAACGCUCGUCCUCAAUUGUCGAGGUCGCGCAGACGGGAAUAAAGCAACCGUUGUCCGCCCAUCAAUAUCAACAUGGUGGCGUGUGCGUUGUGUUUGGUCGUGAGUCCCGUUGCCUUGCCUGCCGGUCUGGAACCCGCUUUGUUGCACGCCGUUGACACACGGAGAAAUGUCGAAAGGACUCCAAAGCCUCCUCUAGAUC